AUGCGCACGUUCAAGAGUGGGUGGGGUGGUGUGAAGGGAAGUGGGUUGUUGUCCGUGUUAACGCGUUUGGAUGGUAGCCGCCCGGGUGUGGAAGGAUGUGUUGCGCGUAUAGUGCGACUUAAGGUGGAAAGUGGUGAGUUGACGGCAUUGGCGCUGGGUCCUAGAGAGGAGUUUGAGUUGACGCGGUUUACCGAUGAGGGUAAGGCGUAUACUGUGCAGAAAGGGCCUUGGUGUUACGACUGCUUUGAGAGUUGGAAUCGGAUGAUGGUGUUGCGACCGGAGGAUGGGUCUACGACUGACGCGGAGGUGACGCUUCUCCGUGCAUGGAAAACACGGUUGUCUCACGAGCCGCCCGGGGCGGUGAAGGCGCUGUUUGCCGAGAUCUUUGGCGAAAGCUUGCACGAGUUGCGUGACCCCCGCAGCGACCCGGACUUCGGAAUACAUGGGUACGAAGUGUAUCCUCUUGUUAGGGGUGUGGAUGGGAUCGUCGUGCUCGAGACGCGGCUGCUAUACCGGUCGGAGUUGAAAGAAUUACUCCAACGGGUUCCCAAGGACUGGAGACCGGUCAUGCGAAAGUCUGUGGGCUCACGACCACGUGACCCAGCAGUCGUGAAGGCCGCCAAGAAAACAUUGAAACGACGGGCGUACACAGCCAUGGGCGUACUCGCCACGCUGGGUAUGAUUGGAUUCGGGGCUUACUGGUUCUGGCCGGAGAAACGGGACAGGCUGCCGGGAGACGGUCUGAUAUGGCCGGGAGGAACGGAGGCCUGCCCCCAGCUAGGCGCCAACCGGACCGCUGUCUGGUUCUCCGGUGAACCCAUGCUCAUCUCAACCUGUGGCAGCGGCACCAUCGUCUGCGGCAACGGUUCCAGCAGCACAGAGUGCAGCGAAUUCGGUAAUCCCUGGCCCGUCUCCUACCCCUCGAUCUGGAACACCGUUCAUGAGAUUCCACACGAAAAAUGCGAAGUGCUGUGCCGUAGCCCCCAAGAAGUAGACAGCACACUUACCAUGCGACUGUUCCACCAUUUCUUGUUCCGUCCGCCAUUCAACAGGAUGUACGGCCCGCCAAUGUCGCCCGAGACGCAAGUCCAACACCUCCUCGAGGCAUUUACUCUCGACCCCAACUGCUCAGGCUCGGCCCCGUCGUGGCAAGAAAUUCGCAACCUCCCGAACUGCAAGUGCAACAUAGCCAAUGUAACCUGCGAGGUGAUGCCCCAACAAAACACAGCAAUGAUGCACAAUGCAACACUCACUGACUUGGAGGUUAACCUGGCAGCAGUAUCAGACUCAUUUGAUGAUUAUUCAAAAGAAGAUUACGCCACCAAGUCCUGCCAUUACGAAUGCCGCAAACUGAAUGCCGCAAACUGA